UCUUCUCUCCCUCUAUUCUCUCUUUUCCUUGUCUUCUUGUUAGCCAACUUCACUUCAAUCAUUAUGCAAUGAUAGGUUUUUCUGUCUUCUCUUCUCUUCACUGCAUCUAUGUCAUGGCACGGUGAGGCUUCUCCUUCCUCCUAUGACAUAAAAAUAUACAAAGAUAUUCAUAUAACUUGGAAAAAAAAUUAUAAAGAAAAAAACUUGCAUAUGGGUACUAGUACUAGUUUUUUCCUUCCAAGGUUCUUUCGAGCACUAGCAGUGGUGGGGCUUGUAUGUCUUCUUGUUUUGGGAAGCUUAGGUAGUGGUGAAGGAACAAGACAACCAACUACACAAUGGUCUGACGAAAGGGUCAAGCAUGAGCAAGUGCUAGGUAGAGAUAAGCCCGUGAACCGUGCUGAAUUGGACUUCAACUACAUGAGCAAAAGAAGAGUUCCAAAUGGACCAGAUCCUAUUCAUAACAGGAGAGCUGGAAAUUCUGGUCGACCUCCUGGCCAAGCUUAGAAAUUAACCAGGGAAUUAGACAAGCUUCAGCAACCUAGCAGAAGAUGACACAAUAUGUUAGAGAUGUACUUUUGAGAACUUUGAAUGACUUCAUAUAUAUAUAUAUAUCCCUGACCUUGACUUCAGCUUGCAUGCAAGGGCUAAUCUCUCACUUGCGGAAAUUAAUUUGUUAUGGGAAGAGUUGUGGCCUAAAGAGGGAAAAGAGAAAGGAAGCUUGUCCCACAGAAAAUAAGCUGAAACGAAAGUUUGAUCAGUUUCUAUAGAAACUGCAAGUUAGUGAGUGUUUUUGGUUUUUGAACUAGUGUUGAUGAGGGAGGGAGGGUGUCACAAAUUUCUAAGGAAUGGAAAUCAGUGCUUGCAUGUAAAGCAAUUAACGUAACUUUAAAGUUUAAAAGCCAGAAAGAUGUAUGUACAAGAUGUUGUAGCAACAGCAGCAGCCAUGCAUGCUUUUGGAGGACUAUACAUGUCUUCUAUGUUAGGAAAAAAACAAAGUCUUGGCUUUGGUUUGCUCACUAUUAAGUUUGGGAUUUCUGUUUUUUUUUUUAUUUUUUUGUAAAGAUUAGGUAUGAGUUCCUAAAGUAAAAGUAAAU